AUGCCUAGCAGGGACAGCCAGGCUUCAGCCUCGGCCCUGGUCAGCAGGAGAGACCAGGAGGGAUUCCAGGACAAGUUCUCGAUGUGCUUCUCUCAGCGAAAAGAAAAAUCAGUGAACACUCAAACUUACAAGUAUCGCACAGCUAGUUCUAUAAGCAAGCCAGGCUCAGCUCCCGUCACUCCUGUAUCUUUGUUUCUUCAGGCCCGCCAGCAGCCCCAUCUUCUGAAAGGGAAGAAGAAAUGGCUUUUGUGGGCCCUCAGCGGCUUCCUCUUCCUGUUCUCAGCGACCAUGACUGGCUGCUUCCUGUGGCAGUACUACCUCCCCAAGCUGCAGAACGGUUCCUUGAAGUCAGAGGUGCCCCCAGCCCAGGUGAGGAUGUGUCCCCGGCACCCUGAGCUUGUACCUCUUGCUCACCCGCUGCCAGUGCUGAAGGAGGCCUUGGAGAAGGUGGAUGGGAUUCUGCGCAAGGCGAUGUUGGCCCCGGGCCUGGCUGCCAUGUCUGCCCUUGUUAUCCAUAAUGACACUGUGCUCUGGACUGGGAACUUCGGGAGGAAAAAUGGCUCAGAUCCAAAUUCUGGAACCCCUAAUGAGCAUACUAUGUACCGAAUUGCCAGCAUCUCCAAGAUCUUCCCUGUCCUCAUGCUGUACCGUCUGUGGGAGGAGGGCAUCGUGGCCUCCCUGGACGACCCUCUGGAGCGAUAUGCCAGCACCUUCUCCAUCAACAACCCGUUGGGCACAGCCCAAGGCCCUGAAGCACAGGACCCAAUGGGGGAAUUUGAAGAGAUGGGCUCCCUCCCAAGCCCAUCCCCUGUCACUCUCCGGAGGAUGGCCAGUCAGUUGUCAGGACUUCCCCGAAGGCUCAGGGGCACUUCGCUGCUGUGGAAGGGCAGCACCCAGGAGGCUCUGAGCCUGCUCAAGGAUGACGUCCUGGUGGCUGACCCAGGAACCAGAUGCCACUACAGCACGCUGGCCUUCUCUCUCCUAGCCCAUGUGCUGGCUGCGCACAGGGCACAGGGAGACUAUGAGCGCUGGGUGUCUGAGCAGGUGCUGGAACCGCUGGGGAUGAGUGACACCGGCUUUGCCUUGACGGGAGCAGUGCGCGCACGCCUGGCUGCCGGUUUCUAUGGUAGUGGCAGGUCCGCGCCGUUGUACGACCUGGGCUGGUACCGGCCAUCGGGCCAAAUGUACUCGACAGCUGCCGACCUGGCCAGGCUUGCGGCUGCACUCAUGGGUGCAGGACCCCGACGGCUGCUACGACCUGAUAGCCUAGCCACACUACUGGCACCACUACGCGCCUGCACCCACGGCUACUUUGCUAGUGAAACCGGCACACCCUGGGAGUUCCACGAGAGGCUCGGAUAUCGCGUGGCGCGCAAGGAUGGCGACUUGGACGGCUAUGCCGCCAGCCUGGCGCUCGUGCCACCGCUACGCUUGGGAUUUGUGCUAUUACUGGCGGGACCUCGCCCACCCACGCAUGACCUGGUGGCUGACGCCCUGGACACGCUGCUGCCUGCCCUGGAGCGCGCACUGCGCGAUGCUGAGCUUGUCCCCGCGCCCCCGCCCCGCGCGCGCCCGUUCGCCGGCUUCUUCACCUUCGCCAACCGCACCUUCUACGAGGUGCGCGCCUCCGGGCCUCGCGGCGAGCUGCGCUUGCGCCAGUUUGGGCCGCGCGUGGAGGCGCUCGUGCCCGCCGCCUUCCGAUCGCUCGCUCUGCGCCACGUGCGCGGCCGCGUCUUCCAGUUGCACGUGGCGCGUGAGUUCCCGUGCGCGCUGCCGCUCGCAGACGCCUGGCUGUCUCUGGAGGCCCAGCACGGGCAGCUGGUGCGGUUCUACCCGCUGGAUCGCCACGGGCUGGCGCCAGGCUUCGACGUGCCGGGCCUCAACACCUACGGAGUGUUGCGCCUGCCACGCCGGCCGGUGUUCGGCUCCCAGUGA